AUGGAUAAAGCACAGCUUUUAGUAGAUAUAUUUGGCAAGUUGUGGGAUUAUUUUGCUACCAGCGCCUAUACAAGAUUUGGUGAUAUGGAAAAUAAACAAGUUAUACACCAAUCAAUUACGGCAAAUCCUGAUGCACAAACACCAGACAAACAACCCCUAUUCUUGGGGGCGAAAACUACCGCACCUGGGACCACACAUAUACUGACAGGAUACAAAGAAAGUGAUGACGAGCGAGAGCAAGUCAGAGAUAUUAUUGUAUAUGAUAUUCCGUAUACCUGGGACGUUGAGAAAAUCUUAGGAGAAUUAACGUUAUGGGGCAAAACCUUGAAGUUAUCAUUAAAAUGGCAACAUAAAUACCAGACUCUUCGAGUUAAAAUAGUUUUGAACUCAUUUACCCUUCCCCAAUUUAACAAGUUCUGGACGAUUGACCUGGGAGCGUGCGGUGCUAGCGCAUUUAAAAUAAUACAAAUAAGUAAAGGUAAAAGAAAGCUUGAGUUGCGAUGGUGUCAACACUCUUUACCUACCUUGAAGAAAGCACCAACCAAACAAAAGGCAAAGAAUGUUCCUGAUAAGAAGCCCAGGAAAUCCGUGCAACAAUCUGGUAAUGUUAAUCUUAAGAAGAAGGACCAGAAUUCCUUGACUAGUGCUAAGAAGCAAGCUAAAUCUACUAAAGACUCGUUGAAGAAUCCCAAAUUUUAG